GUGAUGCACGAAGUGUGUGGAGUUCUUUUGACACCUCUGUUCUGUGAACUGGCAAUCAACCAUGCAACGGUACCGGUCAUCAACCUCCUGACCCGGAAACCUCAAGGCCCACGCACAAGAUCAUUUUUCGAGUACAGUCGUACAUGUGUACGGGGUUGGUACCACGAAAAAAACUUUUGCUUGCACCAAAUUUUUUAGUUUGUUUGUUGCCCCGUGUCAACACAAUCUCCCUCCUCAAUUUAUCAGGCGGUGGACUCCUACACUCUCGCACUUUGAAGUUGCUGUACCUCGUACCUCUUGACAGCCUCAUAGCCAUAGCUCAAACUUCUGGUCCAUCAGUGCCCUCUAGAGAAGCAAGCUGAGAAGCCAAGAUUCUGCAGUGAGUUGAUACUACCAACAAAAGCCACAGCCAACCAAUCGUUAGGAUGACCCCACCGGACAAGGAAGGGGUCGGAAUGACCGUACCUCCCACCAUCAAGAGCCACAACCAUCCUCUUCUGCAGGUGACGGAUGAAGUGGAUGUGGAUUCCUUAAUGAUGGAUAUUGAACAACCCAAAAAAUCACCAAAAGAAGAAGGUGUACCUACGGUCAAAUCCUCGUCCUUCACCAUUCCUAGUGGUGUAUCUACCUUUAUGGAAUCGCUGAACCCCAAGGAUGUGGAAACACUCGCACACCUACUCAAGCCUAUCAUCCUUGCUGCAGAUGGAAAGAAAAAGGAAUUGGAGGAAUGUGCAGUGCCCACACCUUCGGUGACGACUUCGGCCAGUGACAAGAAGGAUGACUCAGAGUGGCAUAAUCCCUACAGCGAAAGUACCUACUCUCUCUUCUACUUGUGCAGUGCCGAUAGCUUUGCAUUUUGGUAUGCCUUUUUUGUCUAUGUCAUCCAGAUCACUACCAUUCUGCUGACACUCAUUGACAUUGUUGACUGGGGUGGAAAUGGACUCGAUAUGCCACCCAAUGUUGACUUGAUCGUUACUAUUGCUCAAGGUGUUGCCCUUUUCCAGGCCUUGGCGUUUCAAUCGGACCUCCUCGAAGUUGUCGCCAAAUUGAAGGAUGGCUUCCACCCUGAGGUUCUGGAAAAACAUCCUGGAGCAACCUAUGCUACUUGGCUUCUUUCUUGUAUUGCUCAGCUCAUGGCUGGCCUCCUCCUACUUUUGACCAUCUACAUCUUGACCAUGCAAGUUGACAGUGUAUUGGGAAUCAUGCUCAAUUUUGCCGCUCUCCAUUUCAUGGCUGAUAUUGACAAUGUGGCGUUCGACCUCGCCAAGGCAGGCUUUGUGGGAAACAGACUCCAGAGCGCUGCCAAUGAUGUCGUCAACUUCCAAGUCCGCAAACCAUCAGAAGAUCAAGGACUUCUACUACGUUCGUGGAAGGCAGGGGUUUUCCUAUUGAUCCUUGUUGUUAUGAUCACUGGAUAUGUUACGAUUGUGGUUUUUCGAACCUCUGGUAAAUACAUGUGCAACACCAUCAUUGUGAAUAUGGGAGAUAGUUUUGUUCCCUCCCUUGGAACAUUUAAUGGCAUCUAUGACCUGGAUUUCUCAACUGGGUCCGGGCUGGAGUGGCGAGCGGAGUAUCUGGAGAGGCGCUCUGUGGAAAUUGAUGCACAUGGUAGAGGUGUUUUUGGGUACUGCAAUGACAUCAAUGCUUGGACUUUUCGAGUACAACCAAAAGAAAAUCAGGAGGACUCAGGUCCUUGUGACUGGAUUGCCAGAUCUUCCGAAACAGACACCUAUGAUAUCACAGAGACUGGAAGAAUCCAGUGGUUUGUCCGUGAUGAAACAAACCGCGAAGUGGUCCUGGAACCGUUCAGCCUCUUUUGCUUCGACUGUUCCAAUGAAGAUGCGGAAGGAAGUGAUGACUGUGGCGGCAAAGGAACCUGCAGCAAUGCUGUCUGUGACUGUGAGGAUGGUUGGUACGGGCUCCGGUGUGAAUUUGUCCGCCCCUGCCCUUGGAUCAACCUUGAUGCUAGGACUGAUAAGUUUGCCAGUACCAGGGAUUGGGCAAGCAAUUACCAGUCCAUUGAAUUGGGUGACAGCACACUGGUGGAAGCAUACCAUCGACCAGUCUACAUCCACGAGUAUGAGAGUGGCGACUUUGAUGUUGUCAUGUUCACUGGUGGGCGCUGGGCUUUGACGUCUUCUGUUUUCUUGCCUUAUGCUGGCAGAAUCCCUUCCUAUGAACUCUCGGAUGGACACGAUGAUGUUGGUUCUGAUAUUGGAAACUACUUCAAGCAUGCCUUCCAUGGAUAUAAGGGCUUUUCUACCAACCUUUCUGUUGCUUUCCUAAGUGACUACAUGGAAAUGGGGACACAUUUGAGCUCCAGCUCCCCAGUUGGCUUCUCUUGGUUCUUCGCUGAAGAAGCCAUCGCUGAUAACCAGAAUCAGGGAAUUGGGAAUGGGAUUUCUACUGAGUUUCUUUGUCGUGCCUGUGACGAAUCUUCAAACCCCUGUCUCUAUGAUGGAAAGUGCAGUGGUGGAGACUGUGUGUGUUCUCUUGACAGCUCUGGAAGCCUCUGUGAAAUCCCACCGGUUCGCAACGGUCACUGUGACCCCUUUUUCAACAAACCUGAGUUCAAAAUGGAUGGUGGUGAUUGCUGUGAAUCAACUUGUGUCAGCACAUCUCAGUAUGCUUGUGGAGCCGAAAAAGAUGGAUAUGUCAGCACUGGGUACUUCCACUGUGGGCAACCAAAUGAUAAGUGGCAAAGCAAACACUUCAAUGGAGACGCCGGCUCCUUCUCUGGUUUUGCAGUAGAUCUGUCCAGGGGGUCAUUGGCUGUGUCGGAACUGUUGCAGGACCGUGUCCGAAUCUACGACAAGGUUGGGUCCUCCUGGGUCCUUCGAGAUACUAUUUUGGGAUCGCCAAACACAUAUUUUGGAACAGGAGUAUUGGGUCUCUCAUCUGGCCCCUUCAAUGUGGUCAACAACCCUAGCUUCAGAGCUCCCCUUACUGUUGCUGUCCAGGAUGGCUUCCGAACUCUUCGAAUCUACAAGUGUAACGUUGAUGGCUGUUCUCAAAGUCAAGCGAUUGAGUUGGUUCAGGAUUUUGCUUUAUCAGAUGAUGGGACUGUCUUGGCAACUUCUUUGCAUGUCCUAAAUGAACCACCCCGUGCUAUCAAUGUCUACAAGACUGUGGAUGGUAUAUUUCAGAUGAGAGACACUGUCAUCAUUCGGAGAAACACGAUGGCAAGCAACCUCUUGUCCAUGGCGUUGAGUUCUGAAGGUGACAGACUUGCUGUUCAAACUCAAAUGACUGAUUUUGAUGAAGCCAGUAACUUUGAAGUCGUUAUGGAUGAAAAUGUUGUUGUCAUGGCAUGGAAUGAAUCAUCCAGUGCAUAUGAAGUGGAGGCUGAGUUCCGCUUCGAGAGUCCUCUUAACACUUUGCACUUCCCACUGUCACUGUCAUUCAACCAUCAUGGGAAUGUUCUUGCCUAUGGCUUCCCUGAAUGUAAAGGAACUCAAAUACAGAUCAAAGAGAUCAAUGGUGAGCUAGGAUGGGUAGCUCGCACAGCACCUUCGCUCAACACCACAGCUUGCAUGGAAAAUAAGCGUCCGGACAAGAACAACGCCCUAGCACUCUCGGGUGAUGGAGACAGGAUUGCCUUCAGGGUUGGAACCAAAGUGAGCUAUUUCCAUUGGGAGUCUGAAAACUGGAAUCCCAUUGGUGAUCCCUUUCCGUUGAUUCAUUAUCCUGUGGCUAUGUCUUCAGAUGGCACCGAACUUGCAAUUGGUUCCCCUAAAGACGGCAUUGGAGGGGUCACAACAGUCUACACACUACCCGGAAGAAAGCAGUGCCCCAGUGGUAUGUCACUUCUACGCCUCUCACUGACUCUUGAUAGACUGCCUGGAGAUGUAGUGUGGAGCCUAGUCAACAACAGAGCAGGUGAGGUUCUUUUUCAGCAAGACUCCUACCCACAAGAAUACACCUUUGCAACAAUUUUGGAGGAGACUUGUGUCCCAGCUGAUUCUUGCUAUGUGUUUACAAUUUACAACAAGAGGAAUCGGGGCCUGCUAGCUCCUGGAAGUUAUGCAAUCUUCAUGGAUGGAGAGAACGUUGCCCAGGGAACGGUUAGUGAUCUUUUUGCAAGAGAGCAGUUUGGAAGCUGUGCCUCUUGCCCCACAGGUACAGAGCAGUUUACCAUGAUGAUGUUGACAUGUGGACCGAUGGAUUGGGCUCUGAAGGAGAUGAUUGAUCAAGGAGCCAAUUUUACUAUACUUCAUGCCGAUAACGCGUAUGGUAGGUAUCGAGAAAGGUGGGAAGCACAGCUGUGGGCAAACACGACUGAUGAGACGUUCGAAUGGUUCACUAUAUACCAAAAUUGCAACGAGCAUAGCAUAUCGGACUGUGAAAAGUUGAUACCAGUUUUUCAUGAUGCAUGCCUGGACCCAGCAGAGUGCUAUGGGGUACGAGUUCUUUCCCCGUUGAAGUACAAUGCAUACCUUGAGCUGGUGUUUGGGGAGCAGAGGGAAAAUGCAAAACCGGUGACUGCAAUUUGUGCAGGGGAGAAUUUUUAUGUGGGCAUGUGCCCUCAGGAGGAGGACUGGUGGAACACCCAGGCACCAAGUCAGAAUGUUUCGCAGCCACCCUAGCUAGAAGCACUCAUUCAUUUCUACAGGUUUUUUUUU